UCCUCUCUGUCAGGAUGUAAGGAAGGCCAUCAUUCACCUGGGAGAAUACUCACACCGCAACAAGUACAAUUUACUUCAGCGAUGAUCCGACUGGAAAACACACAAUACUUCCAUUUCCUGCAUCGAGCCAACGCCCUGCGCCGCUCAGGUUCAAUGUGUGAUGUAGUCAUCUCAGUCAAGAAUCAUACUUUUAGCGCUCAUCGGUUGGUGCUGGCCUGCGCUAGCAGAAGACUUGCAAAGAUACUGACCCAGGCAGAGACAAACCAAGAGAUGCAAUAUACACUAGAAGAUCUCUCACCCAGAACCUUCGAGCAGGUCCUGGACUUUGCCUACAUGCAGAGCCUGGAGGUAUCCAAGAACGACCUACAGCAGCUGCUAAUGGCUGCUCAGUUAUUGGAAAUGCAACCACUCAAGGAGCAGUGCCAGCAUUACUUGGAUGCACUCCACCACAUGACAGGGGAGGCGGCUCAAAAGCACGAAGGAAAUAGUGAAAGUGAUGAAGAAAGAGAGCUCCAACAAAAGCGACAUAAAGAAGAUAAACCCCAAGAAAUUCCUAUAAUUAAAAACAAUAUGAAAGAAACAGCAACCGCAGAAGAUCCAAGAAAAAAGUCCAGGUUGUCAACGUUUAGUAGAGGCUGCGUCAUCAGCAACUCAGUCUCUAACUUAUACUCCUCUCCUUGGACCAUGCCAAGCCACAGGUGGGCCUCCAUGGGCAGCCUGAGACACAUAGCCUACAACUAUUCCACCUUAAUGAGAGGUCAUGACCCCCAGCCUCCUGCAGCUCAUGCCAUUGCCUUAGUGCCGCCUCGCAUCUUCCCUCUCCAAGGGCCCCAUUUCCAGUCAUCCGCUCACCGCUCUGUAGUAGCAGACUUGUAUCCACAUCAUACACAACAGCUUCACACAGCCACUAACGGGAUGGUGAGGAACAUCAAGCCGGGCUUGCAAGUGACAAAGACCAUGACUAGUCGGAACGCAGGCGAAAUCAUCGAGAUCUGUUGCUCUGAAGUGCACAAAGUUGAAACAGCAAAAUAUUGCAAGCACUGCAGCUCAGGCCUUCACCGCAAUCCAACCUCCUCGCCUUCAGGUGAGGCAUGCGCUCAGUGUAAGACCUCUGUGACAGACUGUACAUCCUCUUCCAAUGAACAAGACUUGAGAGAAGCGAGACCCUACAAGUGCCAACACUGUUCCAAGAGGUUUAAUCUCAAACAUCAACUUAACACACAUCACCGAAUUCACACAGGUGAGAAACCCUUCGAAUGUCGUGUCUGUGGUCAGCGCUCACGUGACUUUUCGGCCAUAAUCAAGCACCUCCGGACUCACGGCGGGGCUUCUCCUUACCGGUGCACCUUGUGCUUGGAGUUCUGCAGCAGUCUAGUAGCCAUGCAGCGGCACAUUAACAGCCACCCGGUGCACGACUUCCCCCCUGACUGGAACAUCAGCAGCACCUACCUUUACACAUCACACAUCAGUCAACAAUGACAUCAUGACUAAUAAAAAUAGGGUAAAAACCCCAGAUAGAAGACCCACAUUGAAUAAACGUUGAUUUUCCAUCAAAAUCAUCAGUAUGGUUGACAUAGAAAUUUUCGACGUCAAGUGACAUUGAAACAACGUUGUUCCAUGGUAUGACAGGCGAUGGUUGGGUUAACAUUGUUUUAUAGUUGAUGAACUAAUGUUGACAAAUAGUUGAUUUAUGGUUGACCGGGAAAUAUGAUUGAAAAUUCAUUGAAUUAUGGAUGAGCAGGCGUUUUGGUUGAAAUCAUUCCAUUGAUUCAGUGUUGCUCCAAUAUUAAUAAUCGAAAUGACGUUUAGGUUUUGUAAGGAUUUCAACGUUGAAACAUUAAUUGAGGGUGCAAAAGUGACGUUGAUUCAACGAUAUAAGAUCGACAGUGGAAUGUUGAUCCAACAUCUUUUCAACGUCGGUCUGCUAUAUGGGACGCCACCAACUUACCAUCAAGUAGAAAACACCUGUCAUUUUGAAGGACUUGACAUAAGGUGGUGACUAAGUCAUCUGAAUGUUUUAAAAAUCCAAUGUGGCCAUUGAAUGCAAAAGUUUGGAGCAAUUUGUAGCCCACUAAAGUCUUCGAAUAUGUUUUAACUAAAAAUAUAACUCUCAUUGUUAAUUUCGUUAUGAUGACUGAACUGUCAUCAAAUUGGAAAAAGAAAAUUUACAGCUGCUUGCUAAUAUAACAACCUGAUUCAAACUUCGAAUUACACACGAGAUGACGUGUACUGUACUCUCGUCUGUAAAAGUGAUCUGUUAGAUUACUGGGCGAAAAUAUUUAGCUAGUUAAUUUUGGAAGUUUUGAUUACAACUUUAAUGACAAUUGAAAAAUCAGCACAGUAACCUGGAUGGUCAAAAAUGCCUUCAUGCCUUCCAAAGCACUCUUGGGAAUCACAAAUGUUGCUUUAAAGUUUUGUCAACACAUAAAUGAAUGUAAGACUUUAAAAGGAUUUCAUAUUUAGAAUUUUAAACUUUUAAUGAUGCAUUAAUGCCGUCACUAGGUUAUACAAUAUUAAGUGCUAUUGUAAAAGUGAAUUUUAAAAAAAAAUACAGUAGGGCCUACCAUGUUUUACAGACAGUAUACUGAUCUGUGCAUGAUAUAAUGCAACAUUUAUUGAUUUUACAUUAUGUCUAUCAUUCUAUUUGUAAAAUACAUAUAUCUGAUUAAUAAAUGUGGUGAAUUCCUUGAAUGUUAAGGCAAGUCAAAAUGUACAGAAAGUAAA